GACGCAACGUUUAUUGUUUCUUACUUUGUGCCAUAUACAUAGCGCUGUGUGUGCGUCGUCGAGCUGUUUACAGGGCAGGGACAAGGGCGAGGCCAAACUUCCAGCGGCGUCCCUCCCUUUUCCUCCCCUCCUCCCCUUGAUUCCCCCCCUCAAUGUUUGGGAGGCUGUUCACCUUGCUGAUUCUGCACACAUAAUCUGAACGAUUCUACUAUUGAGGAACUGUUGAACGACAUUGCACGUGGAUUUUGUGCUGUGCCCAUCCGUGAGACUAAACAUAAUUUCGUGUUGACAAAAAGUAGCAGGCUCAAUACCCCGCUUUUCGUGUCCUAGUUUUUUUGUGACUAAUCAUCUCCCUUUAUGGCGGGAUGUUUUACUUCUAUGGUUCAACCUGCCAUGGCCACAACAACUCCUUCCAAAGUGAAGUGUGAGACUCAAUCUACUGACGAUGAGGAACGUUCAGAAGUCUUGUCACUCACCGUGACGGCUAAGAAGAAGAGGAAAGUGGGUGGUGCCGGAGAAGCCAAAGGGGGGGCACCUCCCCCCACCCUGAUGAAGGCUACCAACUUGCAGGGCCAAGUGCUAACUCCGGCCCAACUUCAAAGUCUACUCCAACAAGCUGGUGUUGCUAAUGGGGAAAUACAGCAAAAUGGAACUAUUGCUACAAAUACCCAAAACACUCAGUCACAGGCUCAGUCCAAAACUGUCAGUGUUAGUCCUUCCAAUAUUCUUUCAUUGCAAGGACUGCAAGGGCAAAUUAUACAGACUGCACAGGGUGCACAGUUGUUGACAUCUGGAUCCAACAACAGUGCUGCAAGCGGAGGAGUUCAAUACAGCAUGUCACCUGCUUUCCAAACAGUGACCAUUGAUGGUCAAGAGGCCAUCUUCAUCCCAACAGGAGGGGGAGGGCAACAGGUGCAGAUUGGUCACAAUCAGGCUCUCUUGACAUCCAAUGGGCAAAUCAUCCGUGCCCCUACCAACCAGGCCCAGUCAUUACCCUUCACACUACAAAAUGUUGGUGUACAAUCAGGAUCCCAAGGUGUGACAGUACGAACAGCCGGUGGUAUGCAGCAAGUUCUCCAACUACCCAUGCAGCAGACUGCUACAAUUUCUGUGCAAGUGCCAGUCUCUACUGCUAAUGGCCAAACAGUUUACCAGACAUUACAGCUUCCUGUUCAGAUGAUAUCUAGUGGUAUACCUGGUCUGAUGCAGGGAGGGACUCAAAUGCAAGUUUUAUCCCCUUUACAGGUGCCCCAGCAACAGCAGUAUGCGCAAAUAAUCAACGCCAAUGGACAGAUCCAGACUGUGCAAAUAGCUAAUUUGUCACAGAUGGGUACGACAACGUUGUUGAGUCCUGGCGGCCAACAGCAACAGCAGCAGCAGCAACAACAACAAACGACAACAACAAAUAAUUCUAAUAGUAGUAACAAUGCGUCGGGACCUUCGACCGUCACUAUAACGCAGUCAAAUGACGGCGCCCUGCAAAUUAGCACGGUGGAAAAUGGGUCUGGCGCGGGUAGCAAUAACCAGUCGACCAACCAAAGUGCCAAUGCUCAACAACAGCAGCAGCAACAACAGCAACAGCUUCAAAAUGUAUCGCAACAGAUUACUAUUGCAGGUCUAUCAGGAGGAAGUAACCAGCUAACAAUGAUACCAGCGUCUAGCCUUUCAGGAUUGACACGAAUGCAAACUGGAUCCAAUUUAUUGCAGGGUUUCCCUAUCCAGAAUAUCCCCGGAUUGGGUAAUGUCCAAGUGAUACCAGCCUCUAGCCUCCAAGCCCUUACAGGCCAACAGACAAUUUCAACAGUUUCCCAACAGUCUCAGCCAGUUCUUCCUCCAGGAACUCAAAUAAUAGCUGCCUCUUCCCUAGGGCAGCAACUUCAACAGGACCCCAACGACCCGACAAAAUGGCAGGUUGUUACAACGGGCACACCACAGGCUACCCAAUUAGUAACUGUAGCAUCAGCCCCUACUACCUCAAGUGGGCAGCUAGCGUCACCUACACCAGCAGAGGGGACAAUGGAAGUGGUUAUGACUUCCGAUUCAUCCACUCCUGCAGCUAACAACUCCAGUCCCGCUAAACCCCGCCUUCGUCGUGUCGCAUGCACUUGUCCAAAUUGCAAAGAUGGUGAAGGGAAACAGGUCGGCGAGAACAAGCGGAAAAUUCAUAUUUGCCACCAUCAAGGCUGUGGGAAAGUGUAUGGUAAGACGUCUCAUUUGCGUGCUCACCUAAGGUGGCACUCAGGUGAUCGACCGUUUGUUUGUUCGUGGUAUUAUUGUGGUAAACGGUUUACGAGAUCCGACGAACUUCAGAGACACAGGCGAACUCAUACGGGGGAGAAACGCUUUCAAUGCCCAGAAUGUGGUAAACGUUUCAUGCGAAGCGACCAUCUUUCAAAACACAUCAAGACUCACUCCAAAUUACGUGGGCAUGUUCAGUCGGAUGUUGCUGUGGACGGAGCGACCCAGAUUGUAUUUGCUGAACCAUUGGAAGAGGGAGAAGAUGGUCGAGAGGAAGAGGAAGAAGACGCAGAAGGUGAAGAAGGUGAAGACGGAGCCUCAUCGGAUGGGGACGAGAAGAUGCUCAUUAUCCCUGGCGACGCUGUCGAUGCCUCUGCUGUCGGUAACGAGUCUCAGAUUGACGGAUAAAGAAACCAACUGUAUGUAGCAUUCCUCUCUCAUUGCGUCUCCUCCACCAAAGUCCACUUGCUCUGUGUGUAUGUCUUUAUUUUCUUUGCUAUUAUUCAUUGGCUUUAGAGUGGUUAUAGGGAGUUGGGAGCAAGAGCUUUAAUUCAUAACUAACAUCUGGCGAAUUAUAAUUCUAAUAUUCGAUAAUAUGAGACGACUGCUCUCGAUAUAUUAUGUGUAUGUUCCAAGACGACAAAAUUGGACAUUUUGACUUAUACUGUGGUUAAUUACUCUGCAUAUUUUUUUGAGUAUUACCCAUUUACCCAAUUUGUUUGUAAACGGAAGGCCUUAUUCACAAUUUUUUAGACUUGGAAUUGAAAAUAAAAGUUGAACAGUUUA